GCAAAUCGAUUCUUAAGGAGUAAACUCCAAAAGAAAUAAUACUUAAUGAUCCUUUAAUGGUGCUUAUAUUAUUUAUUAAAAUCAAAUCAUCAAAAUCCAUCUGCAAAUCUCAGACUUAUGAGGUAACAAAUAUUCCCUCCUUUAUUAAAGUCGGUUAUUUUUUUUUGUGUUUAAAAAAUUAUUUGUUACUUCGUAAGUUUAAUCAAAAUGUUAAUUUAAAGUAUCAAGUCUAUUUUGUCCGUAACAAAUUAAUGUUUACAGUUACAGAAUUUUUAAAUUUGCCGCUCUUUUGGAGGUUAACGAUGCAUUUGACAGACGUAUAACAUCCUAUAUUAUAACUACCACGGACCAAUAAUAAUAAUAUUGGUCAAGGUAAGUACUAAGUAAUAGAUGGACCCAAAUAUCGUCAAGAUGGAGGACCGUAUUUUUAGUUUGUUUCCAAAAUAAAAAAUAUUAAUACCUUUACACAUGCCAUAUUGGCAUGGACCUAGGAUUUCGCUACGUUUAAGAGUGCGACCAAAACCAAGAUCUUUAUGAAUGUGGCGAAAACUCAAAAUUGGAACAAGUUGAAAGGUUACAUCGUAGUCACAGCUAGGGAUACCGAAAGUGAAAAAAAUAUUGAUAUAUCAAACAAUAAAUAUCGAUACAUCGAUAUAUUUUCAGCAAGCCUAUUCAGAGCACAGUUUAGUUAUCUUGACAUCACAGAUAACCAAGAAAAAUAUUUUUGAAGAUUUGACAUCCAAUAUUGAUAUUGAUGUGGGUGUUUUUGAUUUUGUAAACUAAAUCGAACUACAAUUUAAAUAUUUCAUAAGUUGUCCGUUUUCGCCGUCAAAAUUGCUUUUUAUCCAAAAUAUAACGGAAACAUAUCGAGCAUGGCUAAGGUAAGGAUAUGCUGGUUAACGCCUGAUUAUUUGAUUUCUUUCAAUCGGAUAAUAAACCAGAAUUCUGAUGUUAAUGUUUUUAUUUGCAUACUUGAUUUUUCUGGUUAUUAAAGCCAGGUUAUCUUGAAUAAAUUACACCUGUUAUUCAACUAUUAUUAGCAACCGAUACCGAGUGUCUCAAUUACUUGAGAAUAGUACUGUUUUGGCCCCAACUAAAGUGCUUUUUCUCGUGAAAAAUGGGUGAAAACAUAGAAGAAGCUCCAGUACUUUAUUCGUACUGGCGAAGCUCAUGCUCGUGGCGCGUCCGGAUCGCGCUGAACCUCAAAGAAAUACCAUAUGACAUCAAAGCUGUCAGCCUGAUAAAAGGUGGCGGGGAACAACACUGUAACGAGUACCGAGAAGUGAACCCUAUGGAGCAAGUGCCAUCAUUAUGUAUAGAUGGCCAUACUUUGGUAGAGUCCUUAAGCAUAAUGCACUAUUUGGAAGAAACAAGACCUCAAAGACCUCUGAUGCCUCAAGACUGUUUUAAACGUGCUAAAGUACGAGAAAUAUGCGAAGUAAUAUCAUCAGGAAUCCAGCCCCUGCAGAACCUUAUAGUUUUGAUACAUGUAGGCGAAGAAAAGAAAAAGGAAUGGGCUCAGCAUUGGAUCACCAGAGGUUUUAGAGCUGUCGAGAAACUGUUAUCAUCAUCCGCUGGCAAAUAUUGUGUGGGCGAUGACAUUACACUGGCCGAUUGUUGUUUGGUACCUCAAGUUUUUAAUGCGAGAAGGUUUCACGUUGACCUUCGACCGUUCCCAAUAAUAUUGCGUAUAGAUCGCGAACUAGAGAAUCACCCGGCGUUCCGUGCGGCUCACCCUUCCGCUCAGCCGGACUGCCCCCCCGAAGUUGCUAAAUGAAUGUCGCUCUUAUUCCAUUGGGAUUAGGUCGCAAAUUCGAACGUCCUUGUAUGUACACUCUUCUAUCAGCAAAACGAUGGUGAUAUGUCGUAAAUGACGUCUCAAUUAAGAGUAUGAAUCUUACACUAGUAGACCAUUUUUACUUCAAAUUAAGUUAAGAACAAGAUUAACCUGUUCCACACAUUAUUUCAUCUUUAUCAAUUGUUUAAAGUCAACACGAGAUAGAAUGAGGCUUUAACAUGUGCAAGUGGACUUGCACCAAAUGAUGUAUUUGUUAAAGAAUUUGCGACAUAAACUCAAUUUAUUUAUACGAUAGUGGAAAGGAAGCGAAUUUUUUCAAAAGUUUUACACGAUAUUUAAUAUGUAUUUUUACACAGCGAGGCGUAAUUUGCCUUCAACUUUCGAUACCGAUUUUAUGCAUUUUUGUGUAUAGAUAAAAUUAUUUUCUGUUUAGAAGAUACUUAUGGACAAAAACGCCUUUUAUAUUUAAAAUAUUUUGGUUUCCGUGAUUCCUAAAAACUUUGUGCCGGUUAUUUUUUGAAUAUUUUGUACUAAGCAUAGUAAAUUUAGAAUGCGUAAAGUUCAUUGAAACUGGAUUUUCUCAAAUACAUAUUACUAAAUAUUGUACAGACUGGUCAUGUUACCCAAACCGCUAAAUUUAUCCAAACGACUUAGAGCUUUAUGUUACUUGAUUUACGAUACCAGUACGAUACGAUACCAGUCUAUUGAGAAAUUUUGUCAGUUUGUGAUAUAGUGGUAGUAGAAUGUUUCCGCGGCAUAUUCGAAUUGUUUUUUUACUGAAAUAAAAUACAUAACAGUCAACGAAUUAGCAAUGACAUUAUGAAAGAUGAACAGCGUUAAAAAGUGGUGAUUCCACGCAAACUGCGAUCAAGACGGCGGUGGCGGUGCGAAAAAAGUGCGAUCAACACGCGAUCAGUCUUAUCGUCGCGCUUAGUGACAAACGCUCGCGUCAUAUAUGAGUAAAAUCCAAGAAAAAACUAAAUUUUUAAAGGACCAAAUCAUUUUUGGAGGUCAUCCUCCUUAGACGUUUAGUUAUGAAAAACACUGAAAGAAGAAAGUAAAAAGCGAACUAGUAUAAUUUAUUACAAAAAAGAAUAUAUUUUUUUUCUCACGCGACAAUAAUAUGGAUGAUGUAUAGAAAAAUAUUGUUGUCAAUAAUAUCUACGCCGCGCGAGCGUACGCACUCGCUUGAUAGAAAUUUCUGUUCACUGUUACUUUAUUUAAUUUACCCUUAGAAUAAUAGUUUACUUGUUAAUUAUUAUUCCAUGUUUUACUCAAUGGGGAAGAAAACUGACAAUUCUCACCGCUAGAGGUGCUAGGUGUCGAACAUUACCUCUCAAAAUAGGUUGGUACAAAGAGUUUUGAAAUGUACAUUUAUAUUUUUUUUAUCGUAAAAUCACGGUAAUAAUAUCAUCGUGGUAAAAUGGUGCGUUGUGUGGUAAUUUGUUGUAAAAAAUGUAUUAAGCUUUUGCGUUUUCUCCGCCAUUAAUGGGUAGCCGAAUUAAUUAGCAGAGAUUUGAUUCGGUAAAGUAUUUUAUUUUAUCUGCGCACGUGUCGCGUUAGUAUAUAAGUUUAGUGGUAUGAGUUUCUAACAAUGUCUUAGCGGCCUUUGUAAGAGAGUUAUUAUGCUUUCAUAUCAUUUCUUAUUCGUUGACAACAAUAUGAAAAUAUCCACUUUAAGUCGAAUCUACAAACUUUACCAAUGAUAUAUCAAAUACCAUAAUAUAUUUAAUAGCCUUAAAAAGUUAUUAGUCCGUCAGUUUAGGAUGAUUGCUAUUGCACUGAGCGUUGUUCGCCCCUGAACAAAUAUUUAAGGGCCAAAUAAUUUAUUCAAGAAUUUUUGUACUAUUUGUAAUUUUAGAAUAGCUACUUCUAUAGAAAUGUUGCCUAAAUGUAAUCAACAUUCCAGAUAUUAUAACCUUUUCCAAAAUGCGAAGUAAGAAAGUAAGGGCGAUAUGAAAUAACAUUAAUUCGAGUCGUCGAAAUUGAAAAUGCUCUCGCCUUUGUUUUAUGAACAAACAAUAGAAUUUAUAAGUAUAUAUAAAGUUAAUUUCCGAUACGUGAUGAUAUUAUCUAAUGGGAUGCUGUAUUAUAUUUUUUAAGUUUGAUAUUCAAAUCAAUUACUUAUUCUGAAUUGUAUUUUUUUGCAAGUUUUAACAUAAGUUUAAGUGUAUUAUUAACCUGUACUGUGCCAUUUUACUACCAUAGUAAUCAAAAUAAGUUCUGUUUUCGGAAUAAAAAUGUCUUUAGAUUUAGAAAAGAAAUUUUUGUUUAAUGUUUUGUUGGUGAAUAUUGCCUUUGUUUUUAUUAUGUAGUCUUAAAAUUUGGGUAAAAUAAAUUUUACAUUUUCGUUCAACA